AUGUCUUCUCACAAGACUUUCAGGAUCAAGUGGUUCCUGGUCAAGAAACAAAACCAAAAUCAUCCCCAGUGUAUUUGGAUAAAAAUCAAGUACAACUCCAAGAGGAGACAUUGGUGGAGAAUGGAGCGGGGUCUCCAAGGAAUUUACACAUGA